AUGUUGGCUGACCUGAAUAGGGAUCCAUGGGGGCGCCCGUACCGAGGUGUGCGAGGAAAAGUUAGCACCCACGGCGCUCCCGUGACGGAAACGAUGCCGCCAGAGCCUCUCCUGCGCCUGGUUGAGGAGCUUUUUCCCCUUCCGGGUGAGCAUGUCCCUCCGCGAAUGGCUCCUCGCUCCGUGAUCGAAGAAGAAAUUGUGGCUCCACCACAAAUCACGGAACGAGAGAUGGAGACGGCCCUUGAUCGGCCCUUGACGCACCUCGAGGAAGUGGGACCGGGUCUCUCAGAGGCUCAAUACGGGUUCAGGGCGGGUCGAUCAACCAUCGACGCCCUGAACGCCCUAAAGACCCGGCCCAUGGAGGCGGUGGCCCGAGGGGACGUGGCCCUGGCAGUAUCGCUGGACGUGGCGAACGCCUUCAACAGUCUUCCUUUCGAGACAAUAAGAGAGGCGCUUCAAUAUCAUGGGGUAGAAAAUGGAUGUAAUGUGACAUUUCGUAGUUCAAAGUCCUUAAUGAACUUUUUAAAGUCUGUUAAAAUAAUUGGAGGACGAGACGCGCUCAACAAUGAAUUUCCUUAUGCUCUUCGCUUGGAAGUAAAGAUUGUAAAAAAUAUUAGUGACAGUAACAAAACAAUGUAUAAAAGGGUCUGCUCAGGCGCUGCUUUAUCGUCCAACUGGAUUUUAACUGCAGCUCACUGUUACCAGAAAAAGAUUGAAUUUGUUGCAAGGUACAAUAGUUAUUUUCCAAAUGAAAUAGGUAAAAUAAGUCCUAUUUUAAAGUUUUUUAUUCAUCCGCAAUACAAUGAACAACGUUUUCAGUUGAAUCAAAACGACAUCGCAUUAUGUCUCAGUCAAAAUUUAACGGUUUCACAAUAUGGAAAGAUAAGCGCGGUCGACUAUAAGGCCCUCGUUGGUCACAAAGUAAGGAUUCUAGGUUUUGGAAUUACAAAUGCAACUGCGUCCGUAAAACCGUUACAAGUUUUAGACGGAAUGAUGAAUAAUUGCCUCGAAUGGGACAACACAUAUUAUAAAGCUACGAUGAUGUGUGUUGUUCCCUUGUGUGGGACGAAAGCCACAGCCUGUCCUGGUGAUUCAGGUGGUCCAGUGGUACAUUCGUCUGGGAUAGUGGGUGUUAAUUCAUUGGGUUCAAGUCGUUGUAAAAAACUCACUAACGGUCUUUACAUCGUCCCAACAUAUUCAAUAGCCUACAUAGCAAUGAUCAGCCAUGAAUUAGAUUGGAUUUCUAAUGUAAUUUCCAAAACAUUUGUCGGUUGAAAAAUACAUUU